CAGCUCCUUCCUCCUCCUCCUCCUCCUCUUCCUCGCUCCUGCAGACCAUGGCCGGACCCGCCACCAGCGACAGCUCCGCGGAGCGUGUGGGCUACAUCACCCGCAUCCAGAGCUUCAGCGCCUGUCACCGCCUCCACAGCAUCCACCUGAGCGAUGAAGAGAAUAGAAAAGUCUAUGGAAAGUGCAACAACCCUCAUGGUCAUGGACACAACUACAAAGUGGAGGUUACGGUGCGGGGAAAGAUUGACCGUGUCACCGGCAUGGUCAUGAACCUGACUGACUUGAAGAGAUGCAUUGAGGACGUCAUCAUGACUCCGCUGGACCAUAAAAACCUGGAUAAGGACGUUCCUUACUUUGCCAACGUUGUCAGCACCACUGAGAACCUGGCUGUUUACAUUUGGGACAACAUGGUGAAGGCUCUGCUGCCCAACCUCCUCUACGAGAUCAAGAUCCACGAGACAGAUAAAAACAUUGUCAUAUAUCGAGGAGAAUAGACGUCAUGUGAUGAGUGCGUACAAGUGCCAUUAAUGACUGCUUGGUGAACAGAUUCCGGUUAGUGAGGCAGAUUCUUGCACUUUACACACACUGUAGCAAAACCAAAUGUCAAGUGUUCUUGUUGAAUUUGUAUUCUUGUUAAGGUUUUAAAACUCUCAACCUUUGUGGCUCAUGACCCCGUACAACACCCUGUACAGUACAACAGCGUUUAGUUGCCUCUCCAAAACACGAAGUGCAUUUGUCUACUGGUUGUAACCAAAGAUCAUUUCAUUGUUUGUUUCUUAAUGUAUUUGAACCCUUUUCAAAAGCACCAAAGAAGUACAUUUGCUCUCUGUCUCCCAAUCCUGUUAAUCAUUUGAAACAACUCAUAUUAAUAUAGUGAGCAGCUUUAUGGAGAGCCUUGAUUCAACCCUUUACUCCACUGAAUGUCAAACUAUCAAUAAUUCAUACAUACUCUAUAUGAGCAAGUUAUUAAAACUGACAUGCAAUUUAGCAGCACAGUGAUGCAUUUCCAUUAUGAAUACCCUUUUUUUACAGUCAUUUCACAAGUGGAGUAUUUCAGCUGUUAAUGUAAAAAUUAACAGGACAUGGUUUCGAUGUACAAAUGGUUCUCUAAUUUCAAACCACCCAUUAACAAACUCAUUUCUCAACGAGACGGCUGCUCAAUACGUCUACCAAGGCUAAUGUCUAAUCUCAUCAUGUGAAACAAAGUGGAAAAGGAAAAUUGGAUCCACCCGUUUAUGUGGAUCUGCUCCAAAAUAUAAUUCCUUGGGUUAUGGGGCACCCCGCCACAAAAUGUCAUGGAAUUUGCUGACUAAUAAUAAUGAAGUCACACUGACAUUUAACCCAAUACUGAUAUCUAGUGGUACAAAACUGUACAUGACUCAGGUUAUUGCAUUGAGCCUGGCUGUGAAGCAGUGAUGACCCGUGCUGAAAAGGUUUCUUCUAAUAAAAUCAUAUGAUCAUGUU